UUCAUGAUCAUACAUUGUAUAUUCUUGAACAACCUCUAGUGAUCAGAUAUACUGCUGAAUAAUACUUACGUGGAAAGCUUUGUUAUAUCUCAUGUAUUACGCUUCAGUAUACAGUCAUCUCUUCUAGUUCCCCAACAGCAACCCAACUUUCCCUCCUCCAUUACCACCUCCUAUUCAACCUUGUGCUCCUCUCACCAAUAUUUUGGUCAAUACACAUUUGCAUUUUCCCCUCACCCUCUUUCUCUUCCCACAAUCCUUCUACUGUACUCACAGUUCCCUGUUACUCAUAUCACAGUUAAAUGGUGACUCAAUCUGUUUGUCACUGUGACCUUAUUCAGUUGUUUUCCCUGAGUAAUUUCCUUGGACAGCUGAGUAUAAAUAACCCAGAAGCUGAGGAUGGUGGUCAGUUGUCUCAGAGCACUUCAACAGUCAACAUGAUUGGUAAAGUUUGCAUCCUGAUUGUCCUGUGUGUGAUGAUUGUGAUGGCCAGCGCCGGCAGGUUUGGUGGAGGCUACAGUGGUGGUCGUGGUGGUUUUGGUGGAGGUGGCAUCGGUGGAGGUGGCUUCGGUGGAGGAGGAGGAGGUUUUGGUGGUUACGGAGGUAGCGGAGGCUUCGGUGGUGGAUUUGGAGGUGGAUCUGGACGCAGAUAUGGUGGAUACGGCAAAUAAACAAGAGUCUUCGCUUAAUCAGCAAUCAAUAAGAAUAUUUUCCAAAUUCUUUCUCCAACAAUACAAUGUAAUUAAGAACAUUUAUUGUGUUGAACUUUAAAUACUAUGAAAUAAAAUUUCUU